CUUCCCCCGGCGUCCAGACUCCAGUCGUCCCAGGGCGUUCUCAACGAGUGGUCCAAGCUCCCCAGACCGUUCAGUUCUCAGCGAGCCGAGCCGCAACGAACACCAGCCAAGAUGGAGGCCAUCAAGAAGAAGAUGCAGGCGAUGAAGCUGGAGAAGGAUAAUGCGGUCGACAGGGCAGAGACCGCGGAAGGGCAGUCCAGGGAGGCCGCUCUGCGCGCCGAGAAGGCUGAAGAAGAGGUGCGCAGCCUUCAGAAGAAGAUCCAGCAGAUCGAGAAUGAGCUGGACCAGGUGCAGGAGCAGCUGUCCCAGGCCAACAGCAAGCUGGAGGAGAAGGACAAGGCUCUGCAGGCCGCUGAGGCUGAGGUUGCUGCCCACAACCGACGCAUCCAGCUGCUGGAGGAGGACCUGGAACGCUCUGAGGAACGACUCAAGAUUGCCACCCAGAAACUGGAAGAGGCCUCCCAGGCGGCUGACGAAAGCGAACGCAUCCGCAAGGCACUGGAGAACCGCACCAACAUGGAAGAUGACCGGAUCACACUGCUUGAGAACCAGCUGGGCCAGGCACGCCUCAUAGCUGAGGAGUCUGACAAAAAAUAUGAAGAGAUGGCACGCCGCAUCGCCCUUUUGGAGGCUGACCUGGAAAGGGCUGAGGAGAGGGCCUCCACGGGCGAGAGCAAAAUUGUGGAACUUGAGGAGGAGCUGCGUGUCGUGGGCAACAACCUGAAGUCCCUGGAAGUGAGCGAAGAGAAGGCCCAGCAGCGUGAGGAGUCGUAUGCGCUUCAGAUCAGCACAAUGACUGCCAAACUGAAGGAGGCCGAGGCCCGGGCUGAAUUUGCCGAGAGGUCAGUGCAGAAGCUGCAGAAGGAAGUGGACAGACUGGAAGACGAGCUGCUUGUGGAGCGCGAGAAGAACCACAUGCUCCAGGAAGAGGUGGAGACCACCCUGAAGGACCUGCAGUCCAUGUGACCGGGCUCUCCGGCGCCCCGCUCUGCCUGCCACUGCUUUCUUCCCCCCUCUGUCCAGACGAGCUUGUCCAGGAGAAGGAGAAGUACAAGGCCAUCUCGGACGAGCUGGAUCAGACCUUCUCUGAACUCACUGGCUACUAAGCUCCAUGCAAAGGGACUGGCGCCACCGUCGUUUCUACCGCUGCUCUGCCAACGUUUCACUCUCACUUCGUCGUUGUCGUUGGGGGGUUAGGCUAGGACAGCAGGGGGACACAAGAAAAAUGCCUUUUUACCCAAUCAGAGAUCGGGAGACAGGGAGAGGGGCCUGUUGUAACCCGCCGUCUUGUCCACCCAAAUUGGCCUGGGACACAUUUGGCACUGCAUUUGCCAGUGGCCGUUGUCUCAUUGCAUUGUUGGACUGAAAGGUUUGGGAAGGAGCUACUGUUUUCUUCUUUUGUCCCCUGUACUCUUGUUACAACAUGGAUAGACAGUGCCUCUCCCCUCUCGCCUUUCUUUUUCAUUGACUGUUGUUUGAGACACCAACCACACAUACAGACACAGAGAAGAACCAGCACUCUUCUUGUAUUUUUUUUUUUUUUUUGUUCAGCUCUAUGCAUUUCCCCCCUUUUUUUUUUCUCCUUAAUUUCGGCAAGGUUGUAAGUAUUUUACAUCUUGUUUUCCUGCAGAUGUGAGGAUGUGUAAUGAAUGCUCCCAUGCUUUAUUUUUAUUUUUUUUUAUUGGGACGGGAAAGCAAAGAGAGUGUUAAGUUUUGUGCCUAGGAAUUCGAGGAAAGUGUUUUUUUGACACGUGUUGUACUCUGGACAUGACUGGAUGCCCUAGUAGCAUUGCCUGCAUCUUGGGUGCACCAGCCGUUUCUAGAGCAAACAAGGUUGAUUGAUAAAACCAAAACUGCCAAGCAAUUUGUAUGCCAAUAUAUCUGGUAAUAAAAGAAAACCAUAUUUAAAGGUG